AUGUCACGAGGACCCUAUAAACAAUAUGAGUAUGAUCCAACUGUUUCUGUACCGAAAACUACGUCAUAUAACAAAAGAAAACGUAGCUGCAAGGAGGAUGUAGCGACUGAAAAUGGUUCAACAUGUGACAAUAUUGGUCGUACAAAUAUGGUAGGCACAAUUAUUUUUUUAAUACAAUAGUGUGCUAUAAAGUAUCAUAACAUUUACAUUGGAUUAAGCAUUGAAAAACUAUAAAAUGCCCAUGUCAAUAUUUUAUAAAUGGCAUGCCUAUACUCGUAACAAAUUCGCUUUGUAUCAAUGUGGCUUCAAUGAUUUCAAAUUCAAUUGAGCUGUUUAUUAACCUGUGCACAAAUAGCAUUCUGUUGUAUGCAAGUGGCUUUUUUAGCAAACCUGCUUAAUACUUAAAGAGACCAUUAAAAUGCUAAACAAAUUAUAUUUAUAUUUAAGUGCAAAAAUUCUUGUCUAAAAUUGGCAUGAUGACUCUCAAGAAAAAAUUUAGGCGAUAACCCAGGGUGCAAUGGGAUAGCAUGUGGCUAUAUAUUGAGAAUUAUAUAAUAAUGUUAAGAAUUCAAGCGCUUUCAUUGGUUGAGAGCCAUGAUCUUUUUAUAGAGGACAUGAGACACACAGAAUUACAUCACCCAAACUUAUUUGUCCUGUGCACAACACAGCACAUGACUUAAGGUAGCCAAUAGCAUUCCCUUAUUGGUAUAGAUCAUGUACCAGGUGAUCUCAUGUUCGUAUUUCAGCCAAUCAGCGCUCAGAAAGGGUUGUCCGAAUAGAAAUCCAUUUUGAUGUAUUCAGUCAAUUAUAUCUUUCGUUAUUCUUUAUGAAACUAGUUGAAAUUUUGUAAUUAUGUUUGGUUAGGUGAACUAUAUAGCUCUGACAAAAAUAUGGAAUCGAAAUAAAGUAUACUACAGGAGAUAUUCAGUUGUUUUAAUCAUAAAAUGGAUUUCUAUUUGACAACUAGUGCCAGUACUUUUCCGCGUAUCAAGAUCACCUGGUAGGCAUGAUAUUUGUAAAAUUUCAACUUUUUUCGAAUUUCUAAAUGUUUGGGAUGAUAAAAAAGUAAGCUAUUAACCUGUUUAAUUCGGGGGUUUUCUUUCUAUUACGGUAUAUAAAACAAAUAGAUAAGAUCUUGCCAUUGUCUGUUCAGUAUCUAUAUAAAUACACAGUAAUACAGUAUGACAUCAUAAUGUGGGAAGAACAAAAAGUGAUCCACUUGCCUCGGCGGCUUGUGCCCACAUUUUUGUUCUGCUCACAUUAUGACGUCAUUCUGUGUAUCUAUAACUGAACAGACAACGACAAAAUCUUAUCUAUUUCUUGAAUGAAAUGUGCUUAUUAAAUUUCUUGGUAGCUUUCACACUAGCAUUUUUCUAAUAAAGUUUCAACAUUCCUAUUUUAUCAUUCUUAGUUGCUUAAAUUAUUUGUCUAAAAUAUAUUGUAGAGGUUUUGUGAAAGAGCUUUGUUGAAUGAUAUUGAAAAUGAAGAGAAUUUUGAAGUUGCAGGUUUUCAGGUAACUGUUUGUUAGCUUAUGUAUAGCUAGCCUUGUUAUUUCACUCUGUCUUAAUACACCAGAUGAUUUGGCUUGUCAAAGGGUCACCCUCAAUGGCUUUAAUUAUACAUAUUUUUAAUUUCACUAAAUUCAGCAUUUUGUGGUAACCUUGUCUGAUUAUCUUUUUGGUAUAGAUUGAAAAUGUAAAUGAAGAUCAACUGGUUGAUGAGGUUGAAAGUGAAGAUGAGACCAUUGAUGCUGGAAUGGAUGACAUUAGAGAGGAAAGGGGUAGUUGGAAUGAACAGGUAAUUUUUACCGGAGAUGAAAUGGCCGUAUACACUCAGCCAGUGAUUGCUGAGAAAUAUAUGUAUAUGUUUAAUACAUAGAAAACAUCUCACAGUUAUAAUCUAACUUGUUAUCACCCUACUUGGUUGAUAUAAUAUUAACUAUAGCUGCCGCUAUUGUUUCUAUUGGGUGUUCACUUAUUUUUAAUAUUUUUUGUUCCCAUUGGGAAAUAGGGCCAUCAUUAGGAUCAUGUGUUUGAUCACUACACACAUUUUGUGUUAACCCCUCCCCCAUCUCUCUUUUACAAUAAUACUCCUACCACAAUACCUUUAAACCUAUUCAGGGUAUAAGGGUACUUACUGUAAAGAGAGGUAAAACAAUGUCACUUGCUUAUGAUACUACAGUAAGUUUUUGUUUAUCAAUUUUGCAAAGUAGAUGAUUUUAAUUGCCUUUUUACUUCACCGAAAAACACUGUCUUCUAUACCUAUUGUAGCCCUGACAUUCUGACAACUCUUUUGUGUAUAUAUGCAUUUUGAAAAAUAAGCUUGGCAUCUACUAUUGAAAUGUUUUUAUUAACACACAUUAACCUUUUUUCAGAUUUCAGAAGAUGGAAACGAUCCAUUUUAUCCUGGCUCGAGUGUUACUAAAGCUCAAAGUCUUCUUCUAAUUUUAUGUUUUGUGCUGAGGCACAAACUUACCGAUGUGGCCUUAGGAGAUCUUUUGCUGCUGUUAAAUACGUUAUUUCCAAACAGUGUUCCACCUACUAAGCAUCGGUUCUAUAAAUCCUUCCAGCUGGACCAGUCAGAGGUAUGUAUUUUAAACCUAUAAAUGAACUUACAGUCUUACAUUGUCCCUUAAUGCACUCAGUGUCUUGUACUUGAUGUGUUGAAUUAUGUUUUAAACAUUUUGAGGCAAGUAUUACAGGUUCAUCUUCAAAUCAAUGUUUUACAUGGUAAUUACUUUUAUAAUUUGGUUCUUUUGAGUAGCACCACCUUGUGUGUGCAUGUGCUAAAAUCUGGCUCUGUCCUUUAUGCAUUAAAAGGUUCAAGAAGACAAGAACGCAUUUCGUUCUUACCGACUUUACAGAAAAAGAAUAUAAUUUUUAUUUAGUGUCAUGUGAUUGAGUUUAAUUAGUGUCAUGUUUUGAGAAUUAAGAUUGAGUUUCGAGGGAUGACAGUGAACAAUUACGUAAUGACGAUUUUCCGGUUUUUGUUAAAGCUAAACAAAAAAAAAACCAGUUUGAAAAUAAAACCGGUAAACUGCCCAAGCCUAUCAUCCUAUUUUUCGUUUAACUGAUCCAACUUUUUCUUUAUAAUUCUAGAAGCAUUUCUAUUGUUCCACAUGCUCAUCAUAUUUGGGUAAGGACACAGCCAUCACAAUCUGCAAGGCAUGUAAUAGUCCAUUCAAUGAAGUUGAUGGUGUAAAGAGAGGGGAUUAUUUUGUCUACAUUCCCCUGCAGAAGCAGAUUGAAACGAUUCUUAGCAAUGCCAAAUUACACCAACACUUAAGCAAUAGAAAUUUAGAACUUAGUUUUAAUUCAUCAGUUGUAUCAGAUGUAACUACCUCAGCUUUGUACAAGGAACUUAUUACUGAACAUAAUCUAAGUUCGAAUGACAUAUCCUUAACCUGGAAUACAGAUGGUAUCCCUGUGUUUAAUUCCUCUAAUUUUUCUAUUUGGCCUUUACAAGCUUCUGUAAAUGAGCUCCCUUCACAUCUUCGAAACAAAAACAUCUUGCUACUUGGUCUAUGGUUUGGUAAGAAACCAAACAUGAAUGUCUUCUUGGUACCAUUUGCUGAAGAGUGUACAAGGUUAGAAACUGAGGGUUUUCUCUUUGGCAAUGAGAUUCAGCCAAGAAGGGUAUUUGCUUUACUUUUGUGUGCUGAUUCACCUGCUCGAGCUAUUGUUCGAAAUGUGAAGCAGUUUAACGGUGAACAUGGCUGUGAUUGGUGUGAGUUUGAAGGAGUACCUGUGCCUAAUAACAAUGGUCCACCAGUUCGUUAUUAUCCUCAUAGAAUGCCAGUGGUGAUGCGAAGUGCUCGAAAGCAAGCAGCUUAUGCACUACAGGCUACAGCUGCCAAGCCUGUUAAGGGAGUAAAAGGUAUAUCAGUUGCUGAUUUGUUACCUUCUUUUGAUACUGUCAGGGGGACAGUUACUGAUUAUAUGCAUUCUGUUUGUCAAGGGGUCAUGCGGCAAAUGGUAGAUUUAUGGUUUGACACCAGAAACCAUGGGGAAAGUUACUAUAUUGGCCGAAAGGUCAAGUUAGUUGAUGAGCGACUGCAGCUCGUUAGUCCUCCAAGUGAAAUACAUAGAAGUCCUCGUAGUAUUUCUCAACGACACUUCUGGAAAGCGUCUGAGUGGAGGGCUUUUAUCUUGUACAGUCUUACUGUACUCCAUGGCAUUCUUCCAAGCCGUUUCCUGAGUCAUUAUUUUCUUUUUGUGUAUGGUAUUUACACUCUGUUAGGUGACUCCAUCUCCACUUCUUCAAUUUGCCUCUCUGAGCUUUGUUUGACAAAGUUUGUAAUAAAGCUGGAGGAAUUGUAUGGUUUGUCAAGCUGCAAAUUUAAUGCUCAUUGUCUGACACACUUAGCACAUUGUGUCAAGGACUGUGGGCCAUUGUGGGCAACAUCUGCCUUUACCUUUGAGUCACAUAAUCAUGUGCUUAUCAAUCUAUUUAAUGGGACACAAAGUGUUCCACAGCAAAUAGUAGACACCUUUUUGCUGAAAAAUAAGGUUGCAUCACUAACACAAAGUUGUGUUGAUGCUGAUUCUUCAUCUUGUGUGAAGGAAGUACUUUCCAAGCUUACUGAUAAUGCUAGGUUUGUGCAUAGUAAUUCUGGUGCUGAAGUAACUGCCCUGGGUUGUGGAACAUUGGUCACUUUGGAUGCACGUAUGAUAGUUGCUUUGGAAGAUCUUCUUGGUCAGACAUUGAACACUCGAUGUGGGAAGAUGUACGACAGGUUUCUGUGCAAUCAUCAGUUGUAUUCUUCUGUCUCUUACACUCGAUCCAAACAACACACAAACCACCAUGUAUCAAUUCAGCAUCCAACUUUCAAAUAUGGCUCCAUUUUAGGUCUUCUUGUCUUUAAGCCAUUGUGUCGUUGCACCAUAGAAAUAUCUCAAUAUUGUAACUGCACUCUGUACAAUGUAGUAUUAUUGAAACCAAUGCAUGCUAAUGCGAAAAUGUUAUUUAGAGAUGUAGAUUUUAAAGUCACUAGCUAUUUUAUUGUAGAAGUCAAAGAAACUGAUAAUACUAUUGCAAUGUAUCCAUCUAAGAUUGAGCGCAAGUGUAUAUGUCUACGCUUGGAGGACAAAACAUACUUUUGUCCACUGCCUUACAGAAUUAAUGAUGAUUAG